AAACAAAUCUGACCUGCCUGCUGCUGUAAUCUCACGCAGCAGCAGCAGCAGCAGCUAAGCAGCAAUGGCAACCGGGCAGUAGGGCAGUUAUACAUGUCACAAGAGCCUGUGAGCCGAAAAACAUUUACACUGGGGCCGAGAGAAGACACAUAAGCAACAUGUCUCGACAUAGAAAUGUUCGAGGUUACAACUACGAUGAAGACUUUGACGAUGAUGACAUAUAUGGACAGUCUGUGGACGAUGACUACUGCUGUAUAUCACCAGCAACAGCGAAUCAGUUCAUCUACUCACGUCAAGAGAGGCAAGUGCCAAAGGAGGAGCCUUUAGAGGAAGAAUAUGAAGAUGAGGUUGUACCCUUGUCCCCUACCAUCAGCGACAACCUUGAUCCUCUUGAUCAAGCCAAGCUGUAUUCCUGUCUGGACCAUAUGCGGACUGUGCUGGGAGAUGCAGUGCCAGACUCAGUGCUGACCCAGGCAGCCAUAAAAUGUGGAUUCGACCCACAGAGGGCACUGGAUGCAGUUUUGUCUGAAGACACUAAGACAGUCCCACUUACCGGAAGUAAAAGUGAAGAGACGGCUUCGGUAGCAAGAGUUAGCUUGGAAAAAGCGCCGCUUCCACAAAGAACCAAACAAGAGGUCAUUGCUGAGAAAGGAGCCUGCUUGUCUGCUUCUCACACAGACAUUACAUCCAAGGCACAUAAACCCCACACUGAUGAGUGCAAGCAUACACCAUCACAUGUGCAAGCGAAUGCACCAAACUUGCGUGACCUCUUAUCGCAACAUAAGGCUGAGCCAGUGGUUAGCAGCUCUGAAAAUCAAAAUUGUAUUCGUCAAAACGUUGGUCCUGGCAUUAGUGCGACCGGUCUGGCACAGCUCAUGUCUGAGCAUGAGCAGAAGGUGUCAGGAGUAGAUGACACAGUGCGAGGUUUGGAUGUUCCCUCAUUAAGUGCUCUCACCAUUGGACCUAAUUCACCUCCGUCCAUUAUAUCCAAUCAGAAUAGUCUUUCUUUGGGAACUUUGGCAUCUUUAAACAUGUCUUCAGCAUCUCACAGCUCCGCUCCCUCCCUGCUUUCAGUUUCACUCAGUAGUCUUUCGCUAAACAUCCCCAAGACAACAACUGCAAGCUCUUCUCUGGCUGCUCCUCCUGGGUUCGGGAGUCUAAGUUCUGUCCUCCAAGGCAAUCAACACUCAGUGGGAGUUGGGACUGGAGGCAAAGCCACAAUGGCUGAUCCGAAGGGAAGUUUGUCAUUGGCUGAUUUAAUCCAGGAGCAUUCAAACCGCAGCCCAACAACUAUCAGUAACUGCUUCCCUACUCCCCAAAGCAGCAAAACCUCUGUGAAGUGCCAGGGGAUAGCUGCACCAGCACAAAUGCUCUCGUUGUCUGAGCUUGCUUCACAGCAUCAAAACAGGAAAACACACGAACGACCAGAAAACACACUCCUCUUUUCUAAACGAGCUAAGAUUAUUCCUGCAUGCUCCGGGACUGGGGCUGUCUCAUUGUCUCAGCUUGCCCUGCAGCAUCAAACCAACAGUUCCUUAACUUCCUUUGAACCCGUCAGCACUGAAUCUCCAGCAGAUGCUCUGAAACAACCACCUGGCAUCUCUGAGCUGCCCGCUUUGUCACAUUUGGCGUCUGAACACAAAAGCAAAACCUCAACCACCUCAAGUGGGUCACAUUUCUCUGUAGCCUCGCUCCCUUCACCAGCAAAACCAGAGAGGGCUGGUGUGUUGGCAGAAAGUACUAUAGAGGGUGCUACCAAGCACAAACUCGACCACAAACAAUACCACCAAAACUCCAGGUCACCUAAGCUGAGGCAGACUAUUGAUUUGAGCGCACUCAUCGCCCAGUCAGAUGGAGCGGGCCCUCGUCACUUCGACCACGACCUCCCUUCACCGUCCUCCCAAGCUCCAGUUGUCUUGGGGCUGGGCUCUUCUGUUUUUGCACAACCAUCAGUAUUUGCCAUUACUUUGUCGAUUCAGAGCCACAGACAACCGAAGAGGAAGGGGAAAAUAAGAGGGUUAAGGGCAGGUAGUGGUUACCAGGCCUUUCUCUGUAAAUCGCAAGACAACAUCAAAGAGCAGCAAACUCCACUCUCACCAAUUAUACCAUUCCGCUUCAACACUCCGUCCCCCGACGACAUUGUCCGUGCUAAUCAGCAAAAAGCCUUCACCAGGUAGACAAGAGGAAAUAAAAAGCACUUAAUUCGGUUGCAACCAGAUUGGGGAGAUCUUUGUUGCCCUUGCUCCACCAAGUGAACUAAAGUCAAAGAGAUACAGCACUCAGGGUCCUCAGUCUUUAUGAACCUUUUUUAACUGUGUCCCACAAUCAGUCAUGUGGAGUACAGAAACGUUUUGGACCAACAGCAUGACCGAAUAACACACUCACUGCUGAACGCUGCUUAAAAACAGCUAAAAACAGUAUUACUAUAGCAUUCAUGUAUUGCUUUAUUUUAUACAGGCAGACGAUUCUUACGUUGCUACUACAUGCAGAACAAUGAUGUUUAGGUCAAACAGGAUCAAAGUCAGUCACACUGGCAGCUUGAAAAUACUCGCAGCUAUGUAAACGUACAGUAUUUUUAACUUUUUUUCAUCAUUUACUGUAGUUAACAUUUUUUCUACAUUUUAAAUUUGAUUCUUAUUUUUUGUAUGCUAAGAUGGCCAUUGGCUUUUUAAUUGACAUGUUUGUAUGAAAGUAAAGUAGUUUAAUCUUAGCCAGGGAAAAUUCAAAGUGUAUCUCUUUUUGCAUGGCCUCUUUUCUAGUUUCGAGCUGCAUGAACCCUCAAAAGAGGAAAAAAGAGGUUGAUUUUUUUGCAGGUGUGCUGCAGCUAUUGGAAUAUGGAUCAGUUAACCAUUGUACUGGUUUACUGCUGCUUGUGUUUGAGAUCAUGGGGUAGACAUUUUGGUUUAGAAGACACCUGGAGAUUUUCCCAUGAGGGAGAGAGAACGAACACACACACACACACGAGACAAAUGAACACUUUUAAUCUUUAAUAUUUGAUAAGAGUUUACUAUGAAUGCAGGCACUGUGAAUAAAGAGUGCAGAGAAUGAGUACUUUCUUACAAGCUUUUAAUAUUACAAUGUACAAAUGAAUUUGAUUUAUGCGGGGUGUGCCAUCACACUCUGCUAGAGGUUAAUUUGUCAAUUUUGAAAUAAAGAUGACUGAGUAUAUGGACCCUGAA